AAAACCCGCUUUCAAAACAUUUUUGGUGGCAACCCUGUAGUGUUGCCACUCAAACAAAUUUAGCUGCUUGAGAGACCCUGCAAUGUUGUUAAAUUGGCGCGAAAAACUGGUAAACUUUGAGUGCUUGCUGCUUUGUGUGAAAAAAAAGUUUUAAAAAUCUAAAAAUGGAAAUUCCUUGCGAAGGUAAUUAUUAAUGCAAAUUAGCUUAAACAUUUGUUGUUAUAUGUCUUGUUGUCCAACUGUGAACUGUUUUAUAUGUGUAUCUUUUUAGAUUUGAACUAACAAUUGUGUUUGUGUUUUGUGGAGAAUAACUUAUUAAUGGCACAGCCUUGCAAAAGAGCACAUAUGUGUUUGGUCACGGGGCUCUUCUUGCAAUUUGGGAAAGCAACAAACGCUCGCGAGAAGCCUUGGAGACUUACAUAUUCGACAAAUUGAAUGACGAUCAUCAAAUCGAAACAAUAAACCAAAAAAUAUCAAAUAAAAUUACUAACUUUAUUAAUUACAUUAAUAAACAUUUGCCACGAUGCUGCCGAAACAUAAAGCGAUUUAGACAAAAACACGCCAUGUGGCUAGCCGGCAAUAUGACUAUACGACUUUUUGAUAUAAAUGAAUCCCCACAGAAGAAAGGUGGUCGUCCGAAAUUGACAUAUGAAGCUGCUGGUAAACGACUCAAAAUAAAGCUGGCAUCUGAACUUGCGAUAGAAAAUCAAAAUUCAACCCCUUUGUUACUACACGCUGCUAACAUUUCUGCCAGAAAAUCAACUGAAAAUGAAGUUAUAAAAAAAUCUGAUAGAACUGGAUUGCUGGCUCCGAGUCCAAUUACUCCUGAAAAGGCAUUCGCUUUUUUUAUGGAAAAUGGGUUUACUAAGCAGCAAUACAUAAAUGUAAAACAACUUAGUAAACAACAUGGCUGCGACAUUUACCCCUCUUAUUCGAAAAUAGCCGAGGAGAAAUUAAAAUGUAGACCUGCUGGAAUAGAAUGCACCGAAAAUGAAGCAAAAGUUUCCAUGCAAAACUUAUUGAACCAUACCGCUUCAAGAAUAUUACUGAUGCAAAAGGAAGUUUGUGAAAUACUUUCAGAUGUUACUCAGUGUACUCUUAUUUUUAGCUAUGGGUUUGAUGGGUCUACUGGUCACAGUUUAUACAAACAAAAAUUAAGCAUCGCAGAGUCUCAAUCUUUAGAUGAUUCUCUAUUUGUUACAUCAAUUAUUCCCAUAAAAAUGAUAGAUCAAAAACAAAGAGUCAUUUGGUUAAAUAAAUCGCCUCAGUCCAUACGAUUUUGCCGUCCUCUAAAAAUAGCAUACUUAAAGGAAACAACGUCUCUUAUAUUAGAAGAAAAAGAAAACUUGGACAAUCAGAUUAAAAACCUGGAUUUAUACGUGCAUGCUUUUCAAUCGAAUGCAAUUUUUGUAAAAUUCGAUGGGCACCUAACACUUAUAGACGGCAAGGUCUUAAAUAUAUUAACAGGAACAAAUUCCUGCCAGUCGUGUCCAAUGUGUGGGGCAAAGCCCACCCAGCUUCUUACUACAAUUGAUUUUUAUUCCAAAAUAUUUGUUAUGAAGCCACAUACGGAUCAGAUGCCUCUGCCAGCAGAGGUUGUCGAUCUUUUGGAUUCGCCAAUCAUAUCCCCAGGUGUUGGCCACAAAAACGGAAGUACAUCCCAAAACUCGUGCGCAGAAGACACAGAUGAAGAAAAUGGCAACGAUGAUGUAAGUGACACUUUUGAAAUCGAAUUAGAGGAAGAGGUACCAGACGAUAUUGAAAACUAA